AUGCAUCUUCACACGGCAGCGAGAUCGCUCUUCGCGGCGGCCCUGACCUUGCAGGUCGCCUCGGCGCACCACAUCGUCUUGCAAGCCCAGGGCCUCGAGUGCUUCCACGAGAAGCUGCACAAAGAUGACAAGAUGUCGGUCACCUUCCAGGUUGGCGACCGCGAGUUUGGUAGUGCAGGGAGCCUCGAAAUCGAUUUUUGGAUUACCAAUCCGACAGGCGUCUAUGAGGUCACCGAUAAAGCUGUCGCUAGUGGCGACCACUCCUUCACGGCCAACCAGGACGGAAUCUACACCUACUGCUUUGGCAACCAGCACUGGGGCGCCAACACCAAGGAGGUCUCCUUCAACGUCCACGGCGUCGUCUUCGUCAGCGAGUCCGACCUUCCCACCGACCCCAUCGAAUCCGAAGUCCGUCGGCUCUCCGACCUCCUCGCCCAGGUCAGGGACGAGCAGCAGUACAUUGUCGUCCGCGAACGCACCCACCGCAACACGGCCGAGAGCACCAACGCUCGUGUCAAGUGGUGGAACCUCUUCGUUAUCGGUGUCGUUAUUGGCGAGUCCCUAUUCCAAGUCUGGUGGCUGCGGCGGUUCUUCGAGGUCAAGCGCGUCGUCUGA